CCCAUCCAGGCGGUGCCCGGUGGCGGCGGCAGCGUGGAGCGGCACCUCACCACGCCAAGGCGCAGGCUCGCAGCCGCAGCCCCGCGCUCGCCUUCUCCUCUCCGAUCGCCCGCGCACAGGCGUAGCCCGCGGAUGGGUUGCAUCACCCCGUCUCCGGUACAUCUCAGUCCCGCGCCCUAGUCCCCGGGGCGGCGGCGGCACCAUGGCGGCAGCUGUCAGCUGGUACGGGCCGCUGAUCGACCUCUCGGCGGCCGCCGGCCAUGUCGGCGGAUUCGUGCAGCUUCUCGCGGCCGUACGCCGCGUCCUUCCCCACCAGGAACUAAACGCUGCGACCGGGAGGACGUACCAGAAGACCAUCGUUGAAGUCGGCGACGACUCGCGGUCCAGCUUCUGUGUCUCUCUGUGGUCGUCCAAGCAGAGUUCGGGCAUAAUCGCCGGCGACAUCUUACUGAUGCAGAAUAUUAAGAUAGUGGAGUUUAGAAAUGGCCUGGAGGGAAGAGCUUCUCAGAUAUCUGCGGUACAAGUACUGUUCAACUCUAAAGACUUGACGAACCCUGAAGGGAUAGGUGAACUAAUAACCAGUUGUGAAGUGGGGGACGCUACAAAAUCAAAGCUAAGAAGAGUGGCAGAAUGGACGCUCCACACUAAAUGUGCUCUUGGCGAAAGUCGUCAACAGUUGCAGGUGAUAUCGAAGAACUGGAAAGAAGCAAAAGAGAAGGAAUCACCAGACUUGUUGUCUAUAUCCAAACUAUUCUCUCAGAGAAAAUUAUGUUAUCUGAAUGUUUAUGCAUGCAUCUCCAAGAUGGUUCCAGCGACUUCGCCGACCUCCCACUUGGGGCACUUGUCAGUUAUCGACAAACAUUCUUUGAAAGAGCGCAAUGAAAUUGUCAGAGAUUUCAUUACUGCUGGCUGCAAGCUAUGCGGUUCACCUCUAUAUCACAAAAACCUUCAUGGGGAAAACUUAUCUACCAUAGAUUGUCCGAAUAACCCAAAGUAUCUCCAUGUUCCUGGUCAGAUAUACAAACCAUUUAUGAUAUAUGUCUAUGACCAAUCUGGACAAGUUCCUUUGCUUGUAAGGAACAAAGCAGCGGAGAUCUUAUUUGCCAAUAUCAUUGCAGAUGAUGUAUCUGAAUGCUACAAGAGCCACAUGCUGUUAGAAACCUCUGAGUCAGGUAACUUAAGCGCUCCUGGUAUAAUAGAUGGCGGUGGCAGCAAAGAGAUAGCAAAAAGGAGAAAAACUGAACAAAAGCCUAAUUUCCAUCAAGUCUGGCUUAUUAUGAUCAAAUGUCUAUUGAACCAAGGCAGCAAUAGUCCGUUCUGCUUCCAGAUUUUGGUCAACCCUGAGAAGAAUGUCGAGGAUGGCCGUUUUGAGUUGGUUUCCUUGACAAUGCCAAUACCAUGAGAUGUCAAUUUUUUUCAUAAGACAUGGUUCAGUUUGAUCAGAUUCUUUCUUUUUCACCUAGAAAAACAACAUGGACCUUUACCAAGAAAAGUUACUUGCUCUUUCAAUCGAUGAUCUCUAGCUGAUUCACUGUUGUGUGCUGCAAUAUUGUUACUUUGUUAGGCUGGCAGGACAUCAGUCUUGGAAUCAGCAGGAACAUGAUUCAAUUUGGUUGAAACUGUACCUGGGCUCUGGGCUGUUUAAUGCUAAUGAUGGUGCUGGCUCAAACCCAUUUCACAAAUACUAAGGGAAACAUGAAGUCAGAAAGUUGCAUAGAAGAAAAGAGUGGUGCAGGAUUAUGAUGGUGAAGAUCUGAACCUGGAUCAGAAAGUUUUUUUCAGAAGCAGAAAGUAGAUUAUUUCGAUGCUACAGUGUCUGCCAGAAAAUUCUGAUUUCCAACUCACAAAAGAAGGUUGCUCAGAUGACAUCAUUGUUACUUCAAUAGCAUCCUUCCCUGUGGUUACCAUGGUUAGCUGUAGCCAGCAGCACUAUCCUUAAACUGAAUAGGCUUGUCCAGCACUGAGUAGCAGGUAGAUUGUGGUCGUUGAAGGAUUUUUGUUAGUAGCUUGAGAUGAAGGUUUGUACUCGACCAAUAAUGGUGAUGAGGUGUCAUUUGUGCUAAAUCAACAUGUUUAUUUGUUACUCUGUGCUUACACUUCGAUGGGGGGUUCGAGUUGGCUAGGUCUAUUGCUGACUUUUACUGAUUAGUAGGUAUACUGUAUACUUCAUCAUCCAACAUGCUCCUAUCUUUUGUUUCAA